GCCGGCGUGCGGCUCCUCUCAGCUGGUGAGCCGAGCGGGCAGGAUUGAACCUUCCCCGGUUCUGACAGCGAGCAGCGUAACGUGUUUGUUUUAAAUACACCAGCCUGCGUACGGCUGUUACCAAGCUGCUGCCAGGUGAAAAACCGCCUGAAAGGCACUUCUCCCUGUUGCUGCAGCAGCAUCACGGGAGGCACGAGGCUGGACGUAGGCGGCGGUGGCCAUGUUCCGUGCGACCAGGAAGUGAGCGAGCGGUGCUCAGCCCGGCAGCUAUGGCAGGCGACGAGAGGGACUACAACCUGACGGAGGAGCAGAGGGCUAUCAAAGCCAAAUACCCCCUCAAUAAGAAGUAUGAAUAUUUGGAUCACACAGCAGAUGUGCAGCUACAUGCAUGGGGAGACACUUUGGAAGAAGCAUUUGAGCAGUGUGUUAUGGCCAUGUUUGGCUACAUGACUGAUACAGAGACUGUGGAACCUCUGGAUACCGUAGAGGUAGAAGCAGAAGGGCAUGACAUGUUGUCUCUUCUCUUUCACUUCUUGGAUGAGUGGCUGUAUAAAUUCAGUGCUAAUGAGUUCUUUGUACCCAGGGAGGUGAAAGUGCUUUACAUUGACCGAAUGCAAUUCAAAAUAAGAUCAAUUGGGUGGGGAGAAGAGUUCUCUUUACAAAAACACCCUCAGGGCACAGAGGUCAAAGCCAUAACUUACUCGGCAAUGCAGAUCUGUGAAGAAGAAAAGCCGGAAGUCUUUGUCAUCAUUGAUAUUUAAAGCAAGAGAAAUUUAACUAAGCGGAUACUUGUCAUUGGCUGACAAAAGUCCCUAGAAAACUAACCCCCAUGAAAGUGACUAAGGAAUUAGCUAAUUCAAAUCAUAAAUUGAAGGGGGUUGUGGGAAAUGUUAUCCUCUAUUUUGACUUGAGGAUGGUGAGCCAGACCAAUACCUGCAUGCCAGGAAAAAAAGAGCUGGUUGGGUCUGGGGGCGGAUUUGAGAAGAGAAUUAUAGGGGUUGAAAGUCUCUCAGGAAUGCUGGUAGUCAGCUUUUAAAGCUGAUAUGUGUUGGGUGCUGUAUGAACUAAGAUAAAUUAGUGGAGCUGCUAGCUAAAUACUAGCUUUUUGUAGGGUGGCAGGAGAUAAUUACAUGACUUCAUUUGCAAAUUUAAAUAGAAUAAUUUUGAGCUCUUUUGUAUUAUCUAAAGGGUCCAAAAUAUCUUCAGUGGAUCAGAUUAAAAGCUUUUGUUUGAAGGACACCUAAGGAAGUAAAAUAAUUUUAUAAAUUCGAAAAAAAAAAAGUCACGCCACCAGGUGGUGCUGACUUCUUGGAAAUAAAUUUCCAGAUGAAAUCUUAAAGCAUGUGACCAUGUACAAGGAAUACUAAUAGCAUCUAUUAUCCUUCUAAAAAAGUAGACAGCUUUGCUGACACUGUAGAAAGGAAUUCACCAGAUUCUCUGCAGGUUUGCUCCUAUGUCUUGUGAAAGCUGAUUCUCAUCUUUUACAAGAAGCAGACAAUCUGGAUCAGCUCCCAUUUUUUUGCAAAGGACAAUGUAGAGCAUCCCUCAGGUGGGAGGACUGUGCAUGGUGAUUCACGUGUCAAACUGACUGUUUUUGAUUAUUACACUGUUUUUUUCCAUCGAGAGGAGUCCCCGCAUUUAAUCACUUUUCAGUUAAUACAGCAUUCUGAGACUGUGUCUAACCCCUGAAAAGCUUCUUUUAGCUUUUCCUUUAAUGUCAAACACUAGACUUGAGUUCAGUAAAUCAAAAAUAAUUAAAAAAAGUUUUGUUUUAAAUCACGGGACAGCAAAUGUGCAUUACCUGCCAUUGCUAUUCAAAUGUGACAUAGGCACAGUGAGUAAGGGAAGGUCUGCACUGCCAUGACCUGUUUUUAUGAUAAAUUCUAGAGGUGCUUUGCCACUGGAGGUAAAAUCUCAUCUUUAUUUUGCUGUAAAACCAUCUUAAAUAGACCAGACAGUUUUUAUUUCCUAUUGUGAAGAUGAGGGAUAAAAUCCCUUCAGUUUUUUGAGAAAGCUUCAAUGCUGAAAUAAAACUAAAAGAAUUAA